UAUUUUGAAUACAGAACGAGACUCAGUAAUACAGUACAAAUUACAAUACAAAUAUACAAUACUUCUAUAUAAAAUGUACGACCAGUAACUUCCUAUUUAUGUGAUUUGUGAGUUGUGAUUUAGUGAUUGUGAGUUGUUGAUUUGCUUAUUCCAGUUACCACCAUUAUUGAUAUACGAGACACUAGUAUACAGUAUACACUAUAACUACAGUAUACGACGAAUAACAAAAGUAUAAUCUUUUAAAUUGGUUAUAUUUUAUAUUACUUAUUCACCAAACUGUACUCAUAAUUUAGAUGUUUAGUUUACGAGUAUUGAAACAUAAUGUCAUGGUAUACUAGGUAUUUCAGUAGAUUGAGUAUGUUUGUGUAAUGAAUGUUCAUAAUAUAUUGUAUAGCAACCAUUUUGAAUUAAGUUUCUAAAAAAACUGCACAAUUCGAGUAUUUUAUUAAUUGUAAAUACCAUCAAUUUUUCUACGUUUUUUUUUUUUGUAAUAAUGGAUUCCAAAUCAAAAAAAUACGAAAUCAUUGAAUUUUUGGGCGAAGGACAGUUUGCUACGGUGUAUAAGGCUAAAGAUUUAGUCACCGACAACAUAGUAGCUGUCAAAAAGAUUAAAGUUGGUACUGUAGAAGACGCUAAGGAUGGUGUUAAUCGUACAGCUCUCAGAGAAAUAAAACUUCUUAUUGAACUCGAUCAUGAAAAUAUCAUUGCUUUGUUUGAUGUUUUUGGUCAUUUGUCAAACAUAUCUUUAGUAUAUGAUUUUAUGGACACAGAUCUUGAAGUUAUUAUCAAAGAUUCAUCAAUAGUAUUUACUCAAUCCCACAUUAAAGCGUAUACAAUAAUGACACUUAAAGGAUUGGAAUAUUUACACAUGAAUUGGAUUUUACAUAGAGACUUAAAACCAAACAACUUACUGGUGAAUAAAAAAGGUAUAUUAAAAAUUGCUGAUUUUGGUUUAGCCAAAAGAUUUGGAACACCGGAUCGUUUACACACGCAUAGAGUAGUUACUAGAUUUUACAGAGCUCCAGAAUUGUUAUUUGGCGCCCGGGCAUAUGGACCUGCUGUUGACAUUUGGGCAGUUGGCUGUAUAAUAGCAGAACUAUUACUUAGAGUUCCAUUUUUGCCUGGUGAAUCUGAUUUAGACCAGUUAACCAAAAUAUUUACUACCCUAGGAUCACCAAAUGAAGAGACUUGGCCGGGUGUUGCUAAAUUAUCUGAUUAUGUGGUAUUCAAAAAAUUUCCAGCAAUUCCUUUAAGAGAAAUAUUCACUGCAGCUCCAAAUGAAUUAUUAGAUGUAAUUGGUGGUAUGCUUAAUGUAAAUCCAUUGAUGAGACCUACAUGUUCUGAAGCAUUACAAAUGCCAUACUUUAGUAAUCGACCACCACCUUCAUUAGGCAGUCAACUACCAAUACCAUCCUGUAUUAGAGAAAGUAAUCCAGAAGAUCAGGAUGCAAAAGGACAAAAAAGAAAAUUUACUGAUUACUCAGAAGGAGGAACACAACCCAAACGUUUAGUCUUUGAUAACUUCGCAUAAGUAUAUUAAGCAUAUUAAUAAGAAAUAAUUCCUUAUAUUAAAGUUGUAUAUUAUAUUUUUGUACACAUUAAAAUUAAUUUAAAUAUCAUCA